AUGAAGUUCACGGCAGCCAUGAUGCUGGCCGCUUCGGCGACCCUGGCCACCGCCCAGAUCACCGUCGAUGCCAACGGCGUCAUCAAGUGCCCGAAGGCUCUCGCCGGCUCCUUCUGCGUCGGCGAGUCUCUUCUGACCAAGACCAUCGCCACCUGCGACGCCAACGGAAUCGGCAAGCGUGGUCUCUGCAGCGAGUUCCUCGCCGAGAAGCCUCCCUAUGGCAGCAACGAUGCUCUGUGCUACCAAUCCUCGGACGUUUCUGGCGAUGCGGCCUCCACUAACCUCGAGUCGGAUGGAUCAGGUGUCAAGGGCGGUAUCGUCUACGAGAACUCGGGCACGCCUAGGUUCACCCUCUCUGCGGAUCCGUCGCAGCCCAAGAACACGGCAUCGACCGUCUCGGAUGACUGGAAGGCGCUCCCGACCUCGUCGCCGUGCCCGCUCGAGCCUGUUGGCACCGAGGUUCCUGGCGCUCCUGGCGUCCCUGCCACAUCUGAGCCUGCCUGGCCCAGUGUCGACCCGGUCCCUUCGGUCUCUGGCCCUGUGGAGCCCAUCCCUACUGGUGGACCCAUGAUGCCUCCUGUUUCUGGCACUCCGGAGCAGCCCCUCCCCUCGGACGGCCCUCUGCAGCCCCCUCCUGUCGAGUCGGUCCCUCCUGUCGGCGGUGGCAAUGGAGGCAAUGACACUUUCACCGUCCCGACGGUUUCCUCGACCGAGACUCCGGCGGUCCAGCCCCCUGCGCCCACGGCGAGCAUCCCGGUGGUCCCCGUCUCUGCUGCUGUCAUGGAGCAGGCUGGUGCCGUAAUGAUGGUUGUGGGCCUGGCGGUCGCAUGCUUGCUCUAG